CUGUACUUCAAAGGCAAACGGAGCAUCAUUUUAAAAUUUGAAUUUAUUAAAAAAUUAAAAUAAUAUUAAAAUAAUUAUCCUGAGAUGAGCAUAAAAAUACGACACCGUACAGAAUAGGAUGCAUCUUUUUGUAUAAAUAUAAUAAGAUUACUAAUUGCUUAGUAUAUAUAAUAAAAAGUGUACUAAUUGCCAUCGCAUAAACACGUGCGUUGGGUGAAAAUCAUAGGAAGAAGACAUUAGCACUAUAUAUUUUUUUUGUAUCCCAAUAAAAUAAACACUUGAGAGAUGGAGUUGAAAGAAAGCCAAACACCCAUUGAGGGAGAAAAUGAAAGUAAGCCAGCUAAGCGUAGGAAUCCUUUUAAAGUUCAAAAGGAUAAAGAAGAAAGGGAUCGACGUCAAAAAAAGCGAGCCCGACUUAUUGUACGCAACAUGAGUUAUAAGGCAAAGGAAGAGGAUAUACGAAAACAUUUUGAACAGUGGGGUAAAUUGGAAGAAGUGAAUAUACCCAAACGUCCGGAUGGAAAGCUGGUCGGUUGUGCCUUCGUGCAAUACGAAACCAUUAAUCAAGCAACUAAAGCCAUUCUAAAAGGAAAUGGAAAGGAAUUACUGGGUCGUGCUAUGUUCAUUGAUUGGGCAUUAGGCAAGGAUGAAUAUGUUGCAAAGAAACAACAAAAUGUUAAGGAUGAGCCUGUUGAAAAGAAACCAAAAGUUGAAAUCAAAGACGAAGAUGACAUGGAUAUGGGAAAUAACAUGAUCAAAGCUGGAGAAGGCAUAAAGGACAGUGUUGAAGAAGAGAAUCAAUCUAGCGUUGAUGAUGGUGACCAGAAUCAGGAUAGCGAAGAUAACGAUGGAAAUAGCUCUGCCAGCGACGAUGAAGAAAUCGAGGAUAGCGAAAAUGAGGAGAGUGAAGAUGAUAAUGGAAAUGAAAAUGAUGAUGAUGACAAGAAAGAUAUAAAAUCCAUCGAUAUCAGUAAAGUAAAAAAGGAGAAACAUUUUUCGAACGAUGUUCAGGAAGGUUGUACAAUUUUCAUCAAAAAUGUGCCAUUCGAUGCGGAAGACAAUGAUCUACGUAAACUUUGCCGCAAAUACGGCCCAGUUUAUUAUUCCAUCAUAAACAGAGAGCCCAUAUCGGGCCAUUCUAAAGGUACAGCGUUUGUUAAAUUUAAAUCAAAAGAAUCCGCCGAUAUGUGCUUACAAUCUGCAUCAGAAUUUGUUUUAAUGGAUCAAGUGCUAGAGCCGUUCCCAGCGCUAAGUCGAGAAGAGAUACGGCAGCAGAAUUUAGAAAAGAACAAGCAAAAUGAUGGCAAAGAUUCGAGAAACCUUUAUCUGGCAAGAGAAGGCUUGAUCAUGGCCAAUUCUAAAGCAGCAGAAGGUGUCUCUGCAUCCGAUAUGAAUAAAAGACAUAAGUUGGAACAGAUAAAAACCCAAGUCUUGAAGAAUUUAAACAGAUUUGUGUCUCGUAACCGUUUAUCCAUACACAAUUUACCUUUAAAUUAUGACAACGAUAAUCUAAAAGAUAUGAUUAUAACCUAUACUGGGUUUCGGCCUCACGAAUGCAGAGUAAUGAGAGAGAAUAAAGUUACACCAGAACAUCCCAAAGGAAAAUCAAAAGGCUUCGGUUUUAUGUCAUUCAAUACACAUUUGGAGGCUCUAACAGCCUUAAGAAAGCUAAAUAAUAAUCCUAAAAUUUUUGGAACUCAGCAUCGCCCAAUUGUUGCCUUUAGUAUAGAAGACCGUGCCGUACACAAAGUUAAAGAGAAGCGUAAAGAACGCUCAAAAAUAAACAAUCCUACAUUCAAGGAAAAAUUGGAAAAACGUAAGAUUUUAAAGGAACAAAAGAAGGCCGGUAAUUUCCCUCCUAAAAAUUUAUUCAGGGGACCGCAAACUGAUGACAAGGAAAAACUUAAAAAGCACAUAAAAAAAUUGGAAGAGUCAAGGGCAAAGAAAAAUAACACUAACAACAAUACAAAAUAUCAAUCGGGUGCGGUUAGCGGUGAUUAUGUUGGCACAGAAGCAAAACAAGGCACAGUUUUGCGAAUGCGUUCCCUAAAGAAAAUAAAAGAACAAUCUCAAGACCAUUUGCAACGUGUUAAACAGGAUAAAAAAAAGAAAAAACAACAGAAAAUCAAGCAGACCCACUUGGCCGAACGCAAAGCUGAAAUUCGCCCCAAGCAGGGCAAGAAAAUGGAAAGGGAUGAUUUGGCUCCACUUGUUAAUAAAUAUAAAAAAAUGUUAGAUAAACAAGCUAAUCAAGGAGGAACGGGCCCAGAAAAUCCAUCCAAAAAGUCGAAACGCACAAAGUGGUAUACGGAAUAAAGUAUGUUGUUUUUAGAUGUAACUAAUAGUAGUUUAAACAGUUUGUAAAUAUAAACGAAAAUAAUAUAAUUUGAA